AUGGUGAAACGAGGCGGUAAGAAGAAGGCUCGAAGUUCUACACCAGACGAUGGUGAUUCUGUUACUCGCAAUCGAUCGGUUACUCCGAUCCUCGAUGAACCUGAUGAUUUCAUACCACAACAACAACAAAAUCGCCGGAAUCUCCAUUGCGAUAAUGCUGGAUCCUCUCCGAUGAUGAAGGAGUCCUAUGCGUAUAUUAGUCUUGAUGCGAAGAAUAAGAUAGGAUUCGUUGACGGAACUCUAUCUAGACCUGCUGUUGAUGAUCGCUUGUUCAAGAUUUGGAGUAGAUGUAACAGUAUGGUGAAAUCUUGGUUGCUGAAUGUUGUUAACAAGGAAAUAUAUGAUAGUAUCUUAUACUAUGAUGAUGCUUCUCAAAUGUGGGAUGAGUUGUUUAGAAGAUUCAAGGUGAACAAUCAACCACACAAAUAUCAACUUGAGCAAACGGUGAUGAGUCUCAAGCAAGGACAAUUGGAUCUGUCUACAUACUUCACUCAAAAGAAGACUCUAUGGGAGAAGUUAGCUAAUACCAAGUCGUCGACAGUGAAGAAAUGUGAUUGUGAUCAGGUUAAGGAACUGCUUGAGGAGGCUGAAACUAGUAAGAUCAUUCAAUUUUUGAUGGGGCUAAAUGACAACUUCAACAAUAUCAGAGGUCAGAUAUUAAACAUGAAGCUUCGACCUGCAUUGAAUAACAUUUACAACAUGUUAGACCAAGAUGAGAGUCAGAGAAUGAUUGGUAAUCAUACAAAAGGAACUCCUAAUCCUACAGCUUUUCAGAUGCAGUCUAUGCAGUCGGAGAAUAACCAGAUUUUGUUAGCUCAUGGAGGAUUCCAGAAACCAAAAUGUUCUCAUUGUCAUCACAUUGGUCACACUGUGGAGAAGUGUUACAAAGUUCAUGGAUAUCCACCAGCCCAUCCUCAGAGAAACAAGGUGGCUAAGCAGAUUGGAAGUACAAACCUUGCGGCUUCAUCUGUUCUGGAUACUUCACCGAAAGAAGAAAAAGAAGUUAGUGAAGGCAUGACGAAGGAGCAGAUUCAGCACAUGAUAGCUUACUUGAGUGGUCAAAUUCAGACUUCUACACAAAGACAAGAGUUGCAUAGCGUCAAACUCCAAACUCCUUGUCCUAUAUCCGCAAAGAACUUUGCUUCAACAUCCACAUCUGUACCAAGUACUUCGAAAAUUACUGAUACUUUCCUUUCUUUCAAAACAUCUCUUGGUGACAUGUUAAAUUCAUCUAUCUCUACGGAAACUGAUAUGUCUCUUAUAGCUUGGGUUAUUGAUUCUGGAGCUAGUCAUCAUGUUACUCAUGAUAGGUCUAGGUUUACCGAGUACAAACCCUUAGAUCAAACCUUUGUCACCUUACCGAAUGGUCAUAUUGUUCAAAUAGAAGGAUCUGGAUUCAUUCAGUUGACUGAUGCUUUAUCUCUCCACAAUGAUCUUACUCUGGAGUCGAUGAUUGGUCAAGGUAGAGAGAUUGGAAAACUUUACGUUCUGAAUUUUCCUGUAUCUCACAAUGCUUUAUCUGUUAAAGGUUUAUCUCCUUACGAGAAGCUUAUGCCUAAGAAACCCGAAUACAAUUCCCUUAAGUCAUUUGGAUGUUUGUGUUAUAGUUCAACAUCAACUAGUCAUAGAACCAAAUUUGAUCCUAGAGCCAAAGCUUGUCCUUUUCCUGAUGUACACACGCAUUCUGCGUCGACAUCUUCUGAUACUCAUCUCUCUAAAGAUGAGUUAUCUUCUGUGCCUUCUCUUCCAACUGAGUUGACUUCUAUUCGUCAACGCAAGCCUCCUUCUCAUUUACAGGAUUAUCAUUGUUAUACAACUAACAUUGAACCUGUUCUUUCUACUAAUACUACUCCUAUUACUCGUAUUACAACUCCUUAUCCCAUCACAAACUAUAUCUCUUAUUCAAAAAUAUUUGAGUCUUUCUAUGCUUUUCUUAAUAUCAUAACAAACAUUCCCAUUCCUCAAAGUUAUGCUGAAGCAAACAAGGAUAAGGUAUGGUGUGAUUCCAUGGGUUUGGAGAUUGGAGCUUUUCAACGUACGGAGACUUGGAGUAUUACUGAAUUACCUCCGGGUAAAACUGCUAUUGGGUGUAAAUGGUUGAAUACUAUAAAGUACAACGCCGAUGGAACUGUGGAGAGGCACAAAUCUUGA